GUGGAGAAGAUGGUACAGAAUCUGGAGAAGCAGAAACGUUUAUUCAACGACGAGCAAACAGUAGAGAUAGAUUAUUGUUACUAUAAACUGAAGUGAAGGCACCUAGAAGAGGAUUCAAUUAUUGUUAUUAUCAGAACCAAAAGUUGAGAGGGACUGACACAAGAUACAAUACAAGCACUGAAGGGAAGCCAGAGUAAGAUGCUACCAACAGCAAUAGUUGUUACUGGUUUCAUCCUGUUAAAUAAGAGGAGAACAGGGGAAAUACUUCCUAAUAUAAAGCAGUUGCAGGAGGUAUGGGAGGUGCGAGCGCUUCUGCUGCUCAGUCUCACACUCCAAAUAGUAUUGAUCAUUCUGGGAAACCGUAGGAAAUACAAACAGGGAUCUUUUAUUAUGAUUGUUGUUUGGUUUACAUAUUUAGUGGCAGAUUCUAUUGCCACUUUUGCUCUUGGAGUAGUGUCACAAAACAUUGGAGAUAUGAUUAAAGAUGUCAACCAUGUCAAGUCCAAAGUUGAGGUUACAUCAUUCUGGGCACCUUUUCUUUUGUUGCACUUGGGUGGUCCUGAUACCAUCACUGCUUAUUCCUUAGAAGACAAUGAGUUGUGGCUCAGACGCUUGCUUGAUCUUGUUGUCCAAACAGGAACAGCACUUUAUGUCUUCUUCAUGGUUUGGACAACGGGCUCUCACCUUACCCUUGUCACCGCACUUGUGAUUUUGGCAGCAGCAGUCAAGUAUGGUGAGAGGAUUUGGGUUCUCAGGAAAGCUAGCAAUGAGAAACUCAAGGAAUUUGUGCCUCCUCGACACCUUGAUGAAGAAUUUACAGAGAAGUUCACAACUGGGUUUUAUAAAGCUAAAGAAAAAUUAGGAUUUAACAAUGAUGUGGAAGGACCUGAACAAAUAACCAUUUCAAAAGAAAAUGAAUUAUUCCUGGCCUUUGAGGUUUUUAAGACAAGCAUGCGUCUUGUUACAGAGGGUGUACACAGCAUGUGUGAUCAGGCUAUAAAUGGAGGCUUGUUUUUGCACAUUCCAUUUGAAAAUACAUUCAGGGUGAUUGAAAUUGAGCUUGGUUUCAUGUAUGAUAUUCUUUACACCAAGGCAAUUUUGCUUCGUUCUCCCUGGGGUAUUUUCCUACGUAUUCUCAGCUUCUCACUCAUGUGCAUUUCCUUAGUAUUGUUCUCUGUCUUUCGUCACCAUAAUUACUUUAAGAUUGAUCUUUCCAUCACUUAUAUCCUUCUCGCUGCUGCAAUUUUUCUGGAAAUAUAUGCUGCAGUGCUGCAAGUUUGCUCAGACCAGGCAAUCACUUGGUUGAUUAAACAUAGCCGAAGUUCAUCAGCUAGAGUCAUAAGCUCCUUUUUACUUUCCACAACUCCUGAAUGCAGAUGGUCAAAUGCAAUGCCUCAGUACAAUCUAUUAAGUUUUCUCCUAAGAGAAAAACCAAUUAAGUUCCAAAGAAUCAUGAAGCUUUUAAGGGUUGAAAAUAUGCUUGAAAAUUCCAAGUAUACCAUUGAGAAACCUGUUACUGAUGAUUUCAAGAAGUGGAUCUUCCAACAUUUGAGAGACAUGUAUUAUGAUCAAACAAAAAGAUCCAUUAGUCUGAGCAGUAGUAGAGGAUCAUUUGCUCUGAAAAAGCUCCUUCCUGAUGCAAUAGUAAGAUGGAGUACUACUGAUUUACUUUUUGAGCAAAGUGUUAUCAGCUGGCACAUUGCUACAGAAUUCUCCUAUGCUUUGGAUCGCAGUUUCUUUACCAACCCUGCAUCGAAUAACAUCCCUGAAGAUAUUCUUCAUAGAUGGAAAGUUGGCAAGCGUAUAUCAAGAUACAUGAUGUAUCUCCUUAGAGUGAAGCCACAAAUGUUUCCUGCAUCUACUUCCAUCAACUUGCAAGAAACAUGUGAUAUUGCCUCACAGUUUCUUGAAAAGUACUUCAACGCCCAGAAGGGAGAAAUUGACCCAACCAAGAGAGGAAAGAGAAGACAGUUCAGCAAACAGUUGUUAACAGAAGAACUGGGGUUUACUCACACACCAAAAUCUCUGUUAAACCAUUCCGUUCUACUCACACAACAAUUAAGAGGCUCAAGUAUGAAAUAUAUCGAAAGAAGUAGGAAUUCAGGUGAAGAGGUUGCCCAUGAACAGUUUACCAAUGCAACUAAAUUGACGGAUGGAGAGUUUGCAGAGUCUUUGCUGGUGAAGUGGGAAACAAUUUGCCAAGUAUGGGCGGAAAUACUAGCAUACGCGGCAAUCAAUUGCAGAGGAACCCAGCACUUGCAGCAACUGACUAAAGGUAAUGCUUCAGGUAUCAGUGUAGGAGCAGUACUACUACAGGAAGGGCGCCCCAUUACCUAUUUUAGUGAAAAGCUCAAUGGUAUCGGUGUAGGAGCAGUACUGUUACAGGAAGGGCGCCCCAUUACCUAUUUUAGUGAAAAGUUCAAUGGCGCAUCCCUUAAUUAUUCAACUUAUGACAAAGAACUGUAUGCACUAGUGAGAGCACUAGAGGUAUGGCAGCAUUAUCUCUUGUCCAAGGAGUUCGUGAUCCACACAGAUCAUGAAUCAUUAAAACAUCUAAAGGGACAUGGUAAGCUCAACCGCCGACAUGGUAAGUGAGUAGAAUUCAUUGAAAUAUUUCCUUAUGUUAUCAAGUACAAGAAAGGUAAGAACAAUAUUGUAGCGGAUGCAUUGUCACGGAAGUAUGUAUUACUUACAACUCUUAGUUUUAAAUUGUUAGACUUUAAGUAUAUUAAGGAAUUAUAUCCCAAUGAUAGUGACUUUGCUAAUGUUUAUGCAGCAUGUGAAAAAUGUGUCUUCUAUAAGUUCUAUCGGCACAAUGAGUUUAUGUUUAAAGAUGAAAAAUUGUACGUACUUGUAUACUCUUAGUGGGAACUGUUAGUACGUGAUUCACAUAGAGGGGGACUCAUGGGAUAUUUUAGGGUAGCUAAAACUUUAAAUAUCCUACAGAAACACUUUUACUGAUCUAACAUGCGCAAGGACGUAGAGCGAGUGUGUGAAAAGUGUAUUGCAUGUAGGCAGACCAAGUCUAGGUCUUUACCGCACGGACUGUACACUUCGUUACCCAUUUCAUCAGCAACCAUGGAUGGAUGUAUCUAUGGAUUUUGUGUUAGGAUUACCUCGGACUAAACGAGGAAGUGAUAGUAUAUUCGUUGUAGUAGACAGAUUCAAUAAAAUGACACAUUUUAUACCAUGUCAUAGAACAGAUGAUGCACCAAGUAUAGCCAAUCUGUUUUUUAGUGAUGUCGUGCGGCUACAUGGUGUCCCUAGGGCCAUAGUUAGUAAUAGGGAUGUCAAGUUCCUAAGUCACUUUUGGAGAGUCUUGUACAACAAAUUAGGAACUAAACUGUUAUUUUCCACUGCCUGUCACCUCCAGACAGAUGGACAGACAGAAGUAGUUAAUAGGACUCUAAGAGCCCUAUUAAAGGUGGUAGUGAAAAAAAAUUUAAAAACAUGGGAAGAGUGUUUACCUUUAGUGGAGUUUACUUAUAACAAGACUAUUCACUCUUCCACCGGUAUAUCUCAUUUUAAGAUUGUAAAUGAGUUUAACCCAUUAACCCCACUUGAUUUAACUCCUUUACCUUUAUAGGAACUUGUUAAUCUGGAUGGACAAUAAAGAGCAGAGUUAAUCGAAACUAUACACAAAAAAUAUGAGAACACUUGGAGAAAAAGAACGAAUCAUAUGCCCGUAAAGACAAUAAAAGGAGAAAACAAGUCACAUUUCAACCUAAAGAAUAUGUAUAAAUCCAUAUGAGGAAAGAAAGAUUUCCUAAAAAAAGAAAGUCAAAACUGGACCCCAGAGGAGGUAACCCAUUCUAAAUCUUGAAGCGCAUCAAUGACAAUACCUACAAGAUAGACCUCCCAAGUAAGUAUGGCAUUUCCACCACCUUUAAUGUUGCUAACAUUUCCUUUUUCGAUGUAGAUCCAGAUUCGAGGAUGAAUCCUCAUGAAGAUGAAGGACAUGAUGUGAGCAUGGAUCAUUUUGAGCCACUUGGAAGAGAUAUCAUCAUGUUAAGUGGGCCCAUAACAAGGAGCCAGACCCAAGGACUACAACAAGUUUUCCAACUCGUCAUCCAAGCUUGGAUUAAUGAGGAAAAUGGGUUUUGAUAUACUAAAAAAGCCCAAGGAAACGAUAUACUAAAAAAGCCCAAGGAAAUAAGUUAUCCAACUAAUUAACCCAAAGGCAUAAUGGUCUUAUCAACUUGCUUCAAGCACAUGAUGGAAAUGAGUAAGAAAAUGAAGCAAUCGGCCAAGAAAAGGAAA